GCCUUCGUUCCGCCCUUGUAGGCGGUGUGAAAGUGGAUUCACUGUUGAAUGAAUACAAAAACAUCAGGCAAAAUGGAGAACUUCAAAGUAGACCAGAUCCGUGCCAUCAUGGACAAGAAGUCCAACAUUCGUAACGUGUCUGUAAUAGGACCUUUUGAUCACGGCAAGUCCACUUUGACUGAUUGGCUGGUGUCAAAAGCCGGUAUCGUCAGCUCAGCUCGUGCUGGGGAAACACGUUUUAUGGAUACAAGGCAUGAUGAGCAGGAACGUUGCAUCACCAUUAAGUCAACUGCUAUCUCUAUGAUCUAUGAGCUUGCUGAUAAGGAUUUGGCCUUCAUUAAAGAGUGCAAAGAUGGCUCCGACUUCCUCCUCAACCUGAUUGACUCCCCUGGACAUGUUGACUUCUCUUCAGAAGUUACUGCUGCACUGCGUGUCACAGAUGGAGCAUUGCUGGUGGUGGAUUGUGUGUCAGCAGGUGUGUGCAUACAGACAGAGACAGUGCUCAGACAGGCUUUAGGUGAGAGGAUUAAACCAGUUUUGAUGAUUAACAAAAUGGAUCGAGCUUUGCUAGAACUACAGUUGGGCCCUGAAGAGCUGUACCAGAUCUUUCAGCGCAUUGUUGAGAAAGUCAACGUGACCAUCUCCACUUAUGCCGAGGAUGAGAAAGGCCCUAUGGGCAAUAUUAUAAUUGAUCCUAUCAUUGGUAAUCUUUCCUUCGGAUCUGGACUGCAUGGAUGGGCCUUUACUUUGAAGCAGUUUGCUGAGCUCUAUGUGAAAAAGUUCGCUGCCAAGGGUGAAGCCCAGCUGGGACUCGAAGAGUACAUCAAGAAGGUGGAGGACAUGAUAAAGAAGCUUUGGGGCGACAGCUACUUUGACUCUACUACUGGCAUGUUCAGCAAGUCUGUGACAUCCCCAGAUGGCAAGAACCUUCGCAGGACUUUUGUUCAUCUAGUCCUGGACCCCAUCUUCAAAGUAUUUGAUGCCAUCAUGAACUUCAAAAAGGAGGAAACCGCAAAGCUGAUUGAGAAGAUGGGCAUUAAGCUAGGUGCGGAGGACGAGGAGAAGGAGGGCAAACUCCUGCUGAAGGCUGUGAUGCGUCGCUGGCUGCCGGCUGGAGAGGCUCUGCUUCAGAUGAUCACCAUCCACCUGCCCUCACCGGUUACUGCUCAGAAGUACCGCUGUGAGCUCCUGUAUGAAGGACCUGGAGAUGAUGAGGCUGCCAUGGGCAUCAAGAACUGUGACCCUAAAGGACCUCUCAUGAUGUACAUUUCUAAAAUGGUACCGACAUCUGACAAAGGUUGUUUUUAUGCCUUUGGUCGCGUCUUCUCUGGCUGCGUCUCCACUGGCCUAAAUGUGCGCAUUAUGGGACCAAACUUUACGCCUGGAAAAAAGGAGGAUCUUUUCCUGAAACCCAUCCAAAGGACCAUUCUGAUGAUGGGUCGCUACGUUGAACCCAUUGAAGAUGUACCCUGUGGCAAUAUUGUAGGUCUGGUAGGUGUGGAUCAGUUUUUGGUAAAGACCGGAACCAUCACUACUUUCACAAAAGCCUACAAUAUGCGUGUGAUGAAGUUCAGCGUCAGUCCUGUGGUGAGAGUGUCAGUGGAGGCCAUGGACCCUGCUGACCUUCCUAAACUGGUGGAAGGAUUGAAGCAUCUGGCCAAGUCAGAUCCCAUGGUGCAAUGCAUCUUCGAGGAUUCUGGUGAACAUAUUAUUGCUGGAGCUGGUGAGCUUCACUUGGAGAUUUGCCUUAAGGAUCUUGAAGAGGACCAUGCCUGCAUUCCCAUCAAGAAAUCAGACUCAUUUGCUUCCUAUAGAGAGACAGUCAGUGAUGGCUCCAAAAAAAUGUGCCUUGCCAAGACCCCAAACAAGCAAAGCCGUCUCUUCUUUAAAGCCUGUCCUCUGGCUGAUGGUCUUGCAGAAGAUAUCGAUAAGGGUCAGGUCACUGCCAGCCAGGAGAUGAAUGCCUGUGCCCAUUACCUUGCUGAAAACUAUAAGUGGGAAGUCACUGAAGCUCGUAAGAUCUGGUGUUUUGGCCCUGAGGGAACUGGGCCCAACAUUCUGGUAGAUUUGACCAAGAGAGUCCAAUACUUGAAUGAGAUCAAGGACAGUGUGAUUGCUGCAUUUCAGUGGGCCACUAGAGAGGUAUGAUUUAAAAGCAUAAUAUUUAUUCAUUUUACAACUUGUACUCAAUCCAUUCAGCUAAUCACUUGAUCUGGCAGAAAAACGCUUGGCAUAAAUCAUUGAAUCAAAUUAGACUUUCAACACUAGGGGAGUUGUAAAUGUGAAUGCCACCUUGACAGAUUUUGCAUCUGUACAGCUUUCUGGAAUAUUCUAAAUUAAUGACUUCUUGUUGUCUGCCUUAUAAAGGCACCUAUAUUAUGGAGCAAAAGGCUAAUGGUGGGAUUUCUCAGUUCCUAGUGUAAUUUAAAGAUCUUGAUCUGUGCUAAAACUUGAAAGAAUGUAGUGUUUAAAUAUACAUGUACGAAGUAUGGACAUAUGUUGCUAUUACUGUAAUAUUGUUUAAAAUCAACCUUUGUUAAAAAUGCAUUACUGGAAGUCUCAAUUUUGAAACGGUGCAAAACUAAAAUGUAAAAGUUA